UUUUCAGAUAAAUUUUGUGUCGUGCUUUGGGCAUUAUAUUGAUCGCAAAAAGCAAAAUAGCUUGAUUUUUCAGAUGUCCUCAUGCAUAUAUGACAUUUCAUUCAGAAAAGCAACAUAUUUCCGCGCGUUUCAAAAGUUCAGUUGUUCAUGUGUAUGCGUGAAACAUACAUAUAACUUGACAUUGACGUUCUUAGCGCUAUCGAACCAAGAAGAAAAACAAUUGGGUUUUUACAAAUCACAAUACAAAAACAAAAACAAAGAACGCACUAAACAUAAUCGAACUGGAUGCGCGGUGCAGGUUCAAAUAAGUGAAUUUCGUACAUCAAAAUCAACGAAUAGAUCUCGAAAAUGGAUAAUUCAUCAUUAAAUAUGGCACACUACCAUAGCCGACGAGCAGAUAGUCAUUUGAGACAUCUACGUUUUGAGGAAGCAACUGAUAGCUAUCGAAAGGCUGCAGCAGCAUUGGACGAAACUCUGGCCUUGCAAAUGGCCACAAACAAUGCGAAAAUUAUUGAAUCAAUCAAGUUACAGCGUGAUUUACAACAAAAAAAUAUCGAAUUAGUGCUAUUAAAGAAAGCACAGUAUGAAAAAUAUAAAUUGGCAAUGGAGCAACAACGAUUGAAAAAUGCCAGUUUUUUAGAACAGAGAAUGGCUAAAGAUCGUAUUGAAAGUGUUUGUGAUUUACAAAUGUCCAUUUUCAAAACGCUUGAAGAAUCAGACUCCCUAUUGGAAUCAUUGAAUGAAAAAAUCGGUACAUCUCUGUUUGGCAUCCAUGAAGACAAUACUGAAGGCAUAAAAGUGACAGUCGAAAACGCAAGUGAUGUAAAAUUGAAAAAAAUCAAAUCGGAUAAUACAGUCAUUGAAGAGAUGCACACUUUAAACCACCAAUUGCACAUAUUGGUGUUUAAUCUCGUCUCUCGUGUGGAUGACUCAUCGCAUGAGCUAGAAGUGCUACGCGAUCGUGUUAAGUCCUUGGAAAAAGAUCGUUAUCAUCAACGAAAAGCAUCAAUUCCAAUGAGUAAUAAAUCAUCAUCCGACUCUUCUACCAAGGUUGAUGAGUCACCCACGGAGAACCGACGUGGUUCUCUAACAGGGGAAGAGCGGAAAAUUAUUUUGCCAGAAUCAAGUGACCUACCGCCAUUGGAACUCCCUGAUUUUGAUUAUAACUUUUGAUCACACUCUCUUUGAAAUCUGCGAGAUAAUAAGAAACCAUAUUUAUAAUCCAAGCUAAAGACUACAAUAAUAAAGAUGAAUAAAAUGUUUUAUUGAG